AUGGAAGAAUACCCAAGAACUGGAGAUGAAAAAGAUAGUACAAUUCUUGAUUCAGAUUUUGCUGUCAUCAUUAUAGGUUAUGGAAGAGGAGAGGUCAAAUCAGCUAUUAGUUUACUUCAAUAUCCUGUGCCUUUCGUAUCUGAGGACUGUUUGACAGAUGAAAAAGUGAAGGCAUAUCUUUCUCUUCAUCCCCAGGUGUUAGACGAAUUUGUAUCUGAAAGUGUUAGUGCAGAGACUGUAGAAAAAUGGCUGAAGAGGAAAAACAACAAACCAGAAGAUGAAUCGGCUCCUAAGGAAGUCAGCAGGUACCAAGACACGAAUAUGCAGGGAGUUGUGUAUGAACUAAACAGCUACAUAGAACAACGGUUGGAUACAGGAGGAGACAACCAGCUACUGCUCUAUGAAUUGAGUAGCAUCAUUAAAAUAGCCACAAAAGCUGAUGGAUUUGCACUGUAUUUCCUUGGAGAGUGCAAUAAUAGUCUGUGCGUGUUCACUCCACCUGGAAUCAAGGAAGGAAAACCCCGGCUCAUCCCUGCUGGGCCCAUUGCCCAGGGCACCACCAUUUCUGCCUACGUGGCCAAGUCCAGAAAAACGUUGCUAGUGGAAGACAUCCUUGGGGAUGAACGAUUUCCAAGAGGUACUGGACUGGAGUCAGGGACUCGCAUCCAGUCUGUUCUUUGUUUACCAAUUGUCACUGCAAUUGGUGACUUGAUUGGUAUCCUCGAGCUGUAUCGGCACUGGGGCAAAGAAGCCUUCUGUAUGAGUCAUCAGGAGGUUGCAACAGCAAAUCUCGCCUGGGCUUCAGUAGCAAUACAUCAGGUGCAGGUAUGCAGAGGCCUUGCUAAACAGACUGAAUUGAAUGACUUCCUACUUGAUGUAUCAAAGACAUAUUUUGAUAACAUAGUCGCAAUAGACUCUCUACUUGAACACAUAAUGAUAUAUGCAAAAAAUCUGGUGAAUGCCGAUCGUUGUGCACUUUUCCAGGUAGACCAUAAGAACAAGGAGUUAUAUUCAGACCUUUUUGAUAUUGGAGAGGAAAAGGAAGGAAAACCAAUCUUCAAGAAGACCAAAGAAAUAAGAUUUUCCAUCGAGAAAGGAAUUGCUGGUCAGGUAGCAAGAACAGGGGAAGUCCUGAACAUUCCAGAUGCCUAUGCAGACCCACGCUUUAACAGGGAAGUGGACCUGUACACAGGCUACACCACCCGGAAUAUCCUGUGCAUGCCCAUCGUGAGCCGGGGAAGCGUGAUCGGCGUGGUGCAGAUGGUGAACAAAAUAAGCGGCAGUGCCUUCUCGAAAACAGACGAAAACAACUUCAAGAUGUUUGCCGUCUUCUGUGCUUUAGCCUUACACUGUGCCAAUAUGUAUCACCGAAUCCGUCAUUCCGAGUGCAUUUACCGGGUGACUAUGGAGAAGCUUUCCUACCAUAGCAUCUGUACGGCAGAGGAGUGGCAGGGCCUCAUGCGCUUCAACCUCCCCGUGCGCCUCUGCAAAGAAAUUGAAUUAUUCCACUUUGACAUUGGUCCUUUUGAAAACAUGUGGCCUGGAAUUUUUGUCUACAUGGUCCAUCGGUCCUGUGGGACAUCCUGCUUUGAGCUUGAAAAGUUGUGUCGUUUUAUUAUGUCUGUGAAGAAAAACUAUCGGCGGGUUCCUUAUCACAACUGGAAACACGCCGUCACUGUGGCUCACUGCAUGUACGCCAUUCUCCAGAACAACCACGGGCUCUUCACCGACCUUGAGCGCAAAGGACUGCUAAUCGCGUGUCUGUGUCAUGACCUGGACCACAGGGGUUUCAGUAACAGCUACCUGCAGAAAUUCGAUCACCCUCUGGCAGCUCUCUAUUCCACUUCUACCAUGGAGCAGCAUCACUUCUCCCAGACAGUGUCCAUCCUCCAGUUGGAAGGGCACAAUAUCUUCUCCACCCUGAGCUCCAGUGAAUAUGAACAGGUGCUCGAGAUCAUCCGCAAAGCUAUCAUUGCCACAGACCUUGCUCUGUACUUUGGAAACAGGAAACAAUUGGAGGAGAUGUACCAGACCGGAUCGCUGAACCUUAAUAAUCAAUCACAUAGAGAUCGUGUCAUUGGUUUGAUGAUGACUGCCUGUGAUCUUUGUUCUGUAACAAAGCUGUGGCCGGUGACAAAAUUGACAGCAAAUGAUAUCUAUGCAGAGUUCUGGGCUGAGGGCGAUGAGAUGAAAAAGUUGGGAAUACAACCUAUUCCCAUGAUGGACAGAGACAAGAAGGACGAGGUCCCACAAGGCCAGCUGGGGUUCUACAACGCUGUGGCCAUCCCCUGCUACACCACCCUCACCCAGAUCUUCCCGCCCACCGAGCCUCUCCUCAAAGCGUGCAGGAAUAACCUCAGCCAGUGGGAGAAGGUGAUCCGAGGGGAGGAGAGUGCGGUGUGGAUCUCAUCCCAGCCAGGGGCCCACGGGCCCUCGGAGAAGCUGCCUGUGAAGAUCGAUGACUGACGGCCACUCGAUGAGCUGUCCCACCUAGACAUGCUCGUCCUGCUUCUUUGACUUUUCUUCCUUUUAUUUUCACGGGGGGAAACCUACACCUGGUAACUAGGACACAAGCCUCUCGAAGAAGGUAGCAUCAAGGAAACACGUCAAGCCGACGACUCCCCACCAGUCUCCUCUGUGACGCGUCAGAGACAGUGAUCAACCAGGACCACCCCGUGGCCAGAAAUCAGCCGUCCGAGGGACUCCAGUUGUCUUGCGAACUGGCCUUUUUUAACAG